CGCCGUGUGCCGCGCCGUCCGCGUUCGCGUUCGCGUACCGCGUCCGUCAGUCAGUCCGUCUCCGUCCUCCUCGCGGGUAACUGGCGGUUGCUUGUACGGACACCAGCCACCAGCCCGCACCAGCCGAGCGAGCGGUUGGCGGCUUAGUGAGUGCAGUGUUUUCGAGUGUUGACUUCCUGGAGAAGAAGCGGCACCGCAGCGCACCAGGACAUCACUUGCCGCAGCCAUGGCUCCGAAUCUCAGCAAGCUGGGCACGUCAAGAACUGUGGUGGCAGUCUCUUCAACGGCUGUCAUGUUGUGGCUGCUUCGGCAGCUCACCAAAAGCUCGAAAAACAAGAAGCUGAAUCCAAAUGAAAUUCAAUAUUUAAUAGGAGAGAAAAAGGCUAAAUCCAAAGCUCAAGUUGAUGCAGUGUUUUUUGCGCAACUCAGAAAGCUUCUCAAGAUCAUAAUUCCAGGAUGGUUCUCUGCAGAAUCAUCAUUUUGUGUCUUGAUUGCUGCCUCACUUGUGGCUCGCUCUUUUUGUGAUAUUUGGAUGAUCCAAAAUGCUACUUUGGUGGAAACUGCCAUUGUCAGUAUGGAUAAGACCCAAUUCAGAAACAGAUUGUUGGUGUUCUUUGCCGGAAUGCCCUUGAUCUCUGUUGUCAACAACACUCUAAAAUGGAGUCUUGGAGAAUUGAAAUUGAGGAUGAGGACUCGCUUAACACACCAUCUAUACGACCAGUAUUUAAGAGGCUUUACUUAUUAUAAGAUAAACAAUUUGGACAGUCGUAUUGCUAAUGCGGAUCAACUCUUGACCCAAGAUGUUGACAAGUUCUGUGACUCUGUCACUGACUUGUACUCAAAUAUAUCAAAGCCUCUCCUAGAUAUAUUUAUAUAUGUGUACAGACUUACUACAGUAUUAGGAGGCCAGACACCUGCUACUAUGAUGCUUUAUUUAGUUGUUUCUGGAACGUUCUUGACUUAUUUGCGCCGCCCAAUGGGUCGCAUGACAGCUGAGGAACAAAAACUAGAAGGAGAGUUCAGGUACAUCAAUUCUCGCCUGAUCACCAAUUCAGAAGAAGUAGCUUUCUACAACGGUAACAACCGUGAAAAGCUGACAAUGCUGGUUUCCUUCAAGAGACUUACCGAUCAUCUCCGCAAAUUCCUUGAAUUCCGAACUGUUGUUGGUGUUGUGGACAACAUUGUUGCAAAAUACUUUGCAACCGUUGUUGGAUUCAUAACAUUUAGUAUCCCUUUCAUGAAUACAGAGCAUGUAUAUCUGUCCAAUAUCACGCAAGAUGAGAGAUUUAGGUACUACUACACCUACGGAAGGAUGCUCGUAAAACUGGCUGAAGCUAUUGGCCGUUUGGUGCUGGCUGGCCGUGAAAUGACACGUUGUGCUGGCUUUACCGCAAGAGUCACUGAACUAAUGUCAGUUCUUAAGGAUGUGAAUGAGGGCCAUUAUCAGCGCACCAUGGUUGGGAAAGAGAAUGGUGAGAAAGCACCUCUUGAAAAUGGGCCUGUCACCAACCUCAUCCCAGGAUCUGGGCGUAUGAUUUUCCAAGACAAUAUCAUUCGCUUCAAUAAAGUGCCUUUGGUUACACCUAAUGGUGACGUUCUCGUGAAAGAGCUGACUUUUGAAGUUAAGUCAGGCAUGAAUGUUUUGGUGUGUGGACCUAAUGGAUGUGGCAAAUCAUCUCUCUUCCGCAUUCUUGGAGAGCUGUGGCCACUGUUUGGUGGCACUCUGACCAAGCCUCCACGAGGCAAACUCUUCUACAUCCCGCAGAGGCCUUACAUGACACUUGGCACCUUAAGGGACCAAGUCAUUUACCCUCACACUCGUGAAGAAAUGCAGCGCAGAGGAAAGACUGAUGCUGAUUUAACCCGACACUUAGAAAGAGUUCAACUUUCAUAUGUUUUAACUCGUGAAAAUGGUUGGGAUGCUGUUGCUGAUUGGAUUGAUGUCCUCUCUGGUGGAGAGAAGCAAAGAAUUGCUAUGGCUCGACUCUUCUACCAUGCUCCCCAGUUUGCUAUUCUGGACGAAUGUACCAGUGCUGUGAGUGUUGAUGUGGAAGGAUCCAUGUAUGACUACUGCCGUGAAGUAGGAAUCACACUUUUCACUGUCAGCCAUCGUAGAUCUUUAUGGAAGCAUCAUGAGUAUUAUUUGCAAAUGGAUGGUCGCGGCUCCUUUGAAUUCAAAGAAAUUGAUGCUGACACAGAAGAAUUUGGGUCAUAGUACUACCAUGACUAGUGAAUGAGGAUGCAGAUGCUGUAAAAAUGUUGAAAAGAAACCAACUGUGCUUUUACGAACACUACAAGGAACUGUAUUGAUUGUUGAUUCGACUUGUAGUAGUUUGGCUAGUACAGAUUUGUGCUGGCCUCAAUCAUGUUCCUAGUUUAUACUGCAAACAUCAACGACAGGGCUCAAGUUCCAAUAGUUGUACCUGAAACUUUACUCAGUGUUGCUUUAAUGUACAUAUUUCAGAGUUUUGUGAACCUUUUGAGUGAUGCAAAGCAGCAGUUUGCCAAGCUGAAGUAUGAAUUGUGUUUUAUCUUGCAUGAAUUCAAAUUGAAAGCCCCAGUGACUGCAAGAUCUUAAGCAUUUGGAUAAUAAUUUUGAUUUUUAGUUCUUUUUGUAUUGAAAUUGGUGUCUGUUCAAUGAAAAGUUUGACAAUUUUUAUGCAUGUUGGGAAACUUCCUACUUUUUUAACAUUUAUUUAAAACUUGUGUGGCGGCUUCAUUUAUAAACUCAUUUUUGAGGAUUUGGAUUGUGCCAUUGAAUACAAUGAAAUGAAUAAUGUGAUGUGUAUUGGGUGGGAUUUUUCAGUUGACACAUACAUUCUUGAUUGGUUAGUGUUUGUAGGUCUACUUACAAAUGAUCAAAAAUCAAAUUCUUGUGCUCAAUCAGAAGUAGCAAGAAACUGGCUAGAGCAAUUUUGAUCAAUCUGCUGUUUGUUUCAUUCUUGAAUUGUCACUAUGAGAGGUGCUUCAGUGGAGCCCUAUCUGUUUCAUUGGUUUCUGUUUGUGAUAUUGAAUAUCCUGCUAAGGUGAUUGGCAUUAUUUGUAUAAUGUAAAAGAGACCUUCAUUUUCUAAUUAUUUUAUGUUAAUGAAAUGCUAUGUUUUUUUUUUGUAAACCAAGUAAACUACUAGUUCAAUUUUUAUAUUUGUAAUCUUUUCUAGAUUUUUUUUUUAAGCUUAUUGUUACUUGCUUGUAUUCUGGUGAAAUUGUGCUACAAGUGUUCGUUGUAAUGUAUUCAUUUAAUGCCUCUGGUUUUACUACCAAAUGCGAUUCUUUACAUGCGGGUGAUUUUUGUUGUUAGGACUGGACAUCUUUGUUAAUUAUUUUAUUUGUAAAUUUGUUGUAAAUGCUACUCUGUUUACUAAUGGAGAAAGGGAUCCAUUGUUGUGAUAGCUUUGAAAGCAAAUGUUAUAAUUUUGUUUUCGCGUUUUAUUAUGUUACAAAGGUGUGCGGAAUGCUCUUUCACUCGCCCCUAUCAUUUCCUUGUCUUUUCGUUUUGACACGUCUAAUCCUGUUUAAGACCUGUAAAUGCAUGGGGACCAGUUAAGCCUAGAAAGUGAAUAAAACACAUUACCCUCCA